AUGUCUCUGUCUCCCAAAGAACAAAAGCCGCUGUUGGAUACCAGAAUAGGAAAGGACUCUCCUUUCACUUUUGGUCAGCGCUUUUUAACUGACGAAAACUCUGUGUUUGACCACAAUGCCUGGGACCAUGUUGAAUGGGGUGACGAGCAGGUGAAGCAGGCUGAAGAGCUUAUAUCCAAGCAGUACGAGCUGCCAGUGAAGGAUUUCGACAAAAAUCUCUACAACUCCAACCCUGCCAAGUACUGGGACAUUUUUUACCGCAACAACAAGGAGAACUUCUUCAAAGACAGAAAGUGGCUCCAGAUUGAGUUUCCAUCAUUGUAUGAGGUCACAGGACCUGAUUACAAGAAGCCUGUCACAAUAUUGGAGGUCGGCUGUGGUGCCGGUAACACAUUCUACCCAAUUUUGAACCAGAAUUCGAACCCUAAUCUCAAGAUCGUUGGCUGUGAUUACCUGAAAGUGGCCGUUGAUUUGGUCAAGAGUAACGAGAACUACGCGCCUAACAACGAGAAAGGUGUUGCAUUUUCGUCGGUCUGGGACUUGGCCAACCCAGAGGGCACCCUCCCAGAGCAUCUAGAGCCGAACUCUUGCGACAUCAUUAUCAUGGUGUUUGUCUUCUCAGCAUUGCAUCCCGACCAAUGGAAACAUGCAGUCAACAACCUCAUGAAGGUGUUGAAGCCAGGCGGAGAGAUUCUUUUCAGAGACUACGGACGCUACGAUUUGGCUCAGGUGCGUUUCAAGAAGGGCCGUUUGCUCGAUGAUAACUUCUAUAUUCGUGGUGACGGUACCAGAGUGUACUUUUUCACCGAGGAAGAGCUCAGGCAGAUUUUCUGCACGGAAGGUCCCUUUGUUGAAGAGAAGAUCGCAACCGACAGACGUUUGCUUGUCAACAGAAAGAGGCAGCUCAAGAUGUACAGAAUAUGGCUCCAGUCCGUGUUCCGUAAGCCGCUAACUGAAGGUGACAACAAUGUAUAA